AUGUACAGGCUGGUGGUUCCUGGUCCUCUGGCUGAUGUCGUCCCCCACGACACCCCCCCACCUCCCUUGGACAUCGAGGGGAGCCUAUGCCGUCAGAUCACUCCUGGACUCCCAACGGAGUGGCGGUCGGCUCCAGUGCCUGGUGGACUGGGAAAGGCUCAGCUGGCCCUGUCGUCUCCCUCUGGAUUUGGGGUGUGUCUGGGGCUAUGGUGCCCCAGCGGAAGGACUGGAUGUCAUGGUGGUGCACCGGGGAGAGGGAUGGAGAUUACAAGGAGAGAGGGUUCACAGGGGAAAUGGAUGGGGACAGGGGAGUGGAGAGAGAGAAGGCUGGAGCCGAGCCUGGGGAAAAGGCUGGGACCGAGCCUGGGGAAAAGGCUGGGACCGAGCCUGGGUCGAGGCCUGCAGAGAGAGUUUGGAAGCUGGCUGUUCACCCUUCCUUUCCUGCUCCUUCUCCUCCUCCCCCCGGUGUUCCCCCAGUGCCCUGACAGCUGCCACUGUGUGUGGGAGAGCAGCAUGGUGCUGUGUCCGGACGCUGGGCUCCAUGAGUUCCCCCAGGGCCUUCCUCUGGACACCGUCAUACUACACCUGGAGAGAAACUACAUCCGCUCGCUCCCUGAGGGAGCCUUCAGGGAGCUGACACACCUGAGGGAGCUGUAUCUCUCCCACAACCACAUCAACACCCUCUCCUCCGGGGCCCUGCGACACCUGAGCUCAGAGCUCCGUCUCCUGGACCUCUCCCACAACCUGUUACGCCAGGCCAGCCGGGACGAGUUUGGUUCCACGCGGGCCAAGGCGCGCCUCUACAACAACCCGUGGCACUGCGACUGUACCCUGCAGGAGCUGAUGGAGACGUUAAAUCUAGAGCCGGAGACUGUCAACGGGAUCAUGUGUGAGAGCUCUGUGAGGAGCUCCGGGGAGGGGAGUCGCUGGGAGGAUCCAGGAGGAGCAGCAGAGCACUCCGGUCAACCCCUGGUUAAGCUGCUUAACUCUGGGGUAAACUUCUGUAGUCUCCAGAGGAAGACAACGGAUGUAGCCAUGCUGGUGACCAUGUUCGUGUGGUUCUUCAUGGUCAUUGUUUAUGUGGUCUACUAUGUGAGACAGAACCAGGCUGAGACCAGAAGACAUCUGGAGUAUCUGAAGAGUUUGCCCAGUCCGAGGAAAACACUCACGGAGACAGACACGAUAAGCACUGGUCUCUGAACUAUUUAUUUAUUUCCCUCGUUUAACAAGGUAAGUUAUUGAGAAGACAUUAUUUUUAACAAAAAC